UGUCAAGACACUCUUUCACCUGACCACUGGUCUCAAGGGCAAGCAAACAUCCACCUGGAUACGCCAGAACUCUCAACACUGCAGAACCAAGCUGCUAGGUGGCGAAGUCCCUCCUUCCCCCUCUAUCACCAUGGACUACUCCCUGGAAAUGACCCGACACAAGGAGAGCAUGCUGCGGGCCCUGCGGAGCAUGCAGUCCAAAUCUGAGAGCACCCUACAGCGUGCAGCCCCCCUGCUUAGUUUCCAGAGGGGCAUGGGCAUGGUGACUAGGGAAGAUGUGCGAAGACUGUGCCAGACCAGUGCCCGUCUGUGCCAGGAUCUGGACGACCUGACGAACCGGCUAAAACUCCAGCAGAACCAGUUAGUGGGCAGGCUGGCCGAGGGAGGACGGGCACCCAGAGGGGUACACGUCUCAUCAGACGGCACUGUCUACCUGACCAGUGGAGAUCUAGCCCGGGUCAGCGUCCUCAACAGCUCAGGGCAGUUCCUUCAGUCCCUGGAAUGCCAGAGCGAGAGCCAGCUCUUUCUGCCCGAAGAUGUCACCCUAACCCGGGCGGGGAUGGUGGCUGUGACCGAUCUGGCAGCUGGGGAUGUGAAAGUCUUCAACACGCACUCGAAGUUCGGUAAGGGGGAAUGGAUCAGCCUAGGCGAGUUCACUUCUCCCCAAGGCAUGGCGGUGGACUGUCUAGGCAGGCUUCUGGUGGCUGAUUAUGUGCCAGGAAAGGUGCACAUCUUUGGGGUAGACCCUUCUUUCAAGCUCCUGAGUGCCCACUGUAUGUCAGGACUCCCCGGCCCUCGUUACAUCUCUCCAGGGCCAGAUGGAGGGCUGGUGGUCAGCGAGGAGUGUGGUGAUGUUAAGCUGUAUGGCCCUGGUAACAAGCAGAUUCUUUCCUUCAGUGAGAAAUACAACCACUGCUUCGGGAACCCAGCUGGCGUGUGCUUCGACACUGAGGGAAAUGUUUUUGUGGCGGACGAGCAGCAUCGUUGUAUCUUUCUCUUCCCCCCCAGCGGCCCCCCGGUUCCUGUGGUCACCCAGGGUCUGAAGAAGCCUGCUGGCCUGGCCUGCUGUAGCCGCGGACAGCUGUACGUCGCUGACACUGCGGACGAUUGCAUUAAGGUGUUCCGCUAUCGAGGGACGGUGCGCCACGGUAAAGGGUUUGCCUCCCUCAACUCAAACCAGUAACUCCAUUAAAGUAAAGGGAUAAGCUACCAUAGUUUCCAUUGUGUAUUAAAGACAGGAAGUAACUAUCUGGUGCACUACCUUUGGUCUGGUGAAAAUGCUGUGGAUGUGUACUACUGGCACAAAUGAUGUUACUGGUUUAAAUGUGGUGCUUGACCAGCAGGUGGCAGCAGAAUAUACACUAUCAUUGUCAGUGAAAGUUACCAAGGAAGCAAUGUCAUAAAUAGACAUAGAGCUGUAGUUUCAGCCAGUAAUAAUGGGGUGGGGAGUCAUUAUUAAUACCUGUGUUGUUUUGAAAAUGAUUUCCAUAUAUAUCUUUAAUUUCAUUAUCCUUAAUCUUUACAAUAUAUUUUAAACGUAAUUAAACAGUAUAUGGGUCUAUAUGGGAUCUAUAGGACAUGGAACUCCAGUUUAAAGAAAUAUAUACUUCCACACAUACACACACACACACAUACACACAUUCCAUAUAAAAAUAAAAAUAUAUUUAGGAUAUGAUCAGAAUUAUUAUGCACCGCAGUGUACAUUUUGAGGGGCAUUGCUAAGGUUACCAGAUUUCCAGAUUAAAAAACGGGGACUUUUCUUUUCGAUUUACUGACGUAAAUAACAGUAUAAAAUAAUUAAAACAUUAAACAUUAGGUGUAUUUAUUGCAGAUCACAGCAACUGUUU